AGAGCUCUUCAUUGAGGAAAAUCCACAGCCGAGUUUUGAUACGAGGAGCUGCAGGGAAUGUAGGGGAGGAAGUCUGCGUUCAUUUUCACACUGACAAGAAACUUCACGUAUCAACCCCUCCUUAUUGCAGGGUGAAGACUCCUGCAACAUGGACGGCUUUUAUGACCAGCAGGUCCCUUUCGUGGUCCCAGAGAGUAAAUGUCACGUAGAGGGAGCAGAGAGAUGUCUCAGCGACCGGAAAAGGAAGUUCAUGGACACAGAGCUGGCUCAGGACACAGAAGAGCUCUUUCAAGAUCUGAUCCAGCUCCAGGAAAUAUGGAUCGCAGAAGCUCAGGUUCCUGAUGACGAGCAAUUUGUCCCAGAUUUCCAGUCCAAUAACUUGAUGUUUCAUGGACUGCCUGUCAGCAAAGUGAAGAGAGAGCCCAGUCCGUCCAAAGACGCGUCUCCCUGCAGAACGCCUCACGCUGACAUGUGCCUUUAUAGUUACAGUGCCUGUGAGAACAAGCCAGCUGGGCUCAAAGCUCUGACUCCAGCCUCCACACCCGUACAGUGUGGCUCCACCCAUCCUGCAGGACCUCCACCCGUACAGAGGCAGUUGCACCCGUCUGCCCCCCAGCUGACCAAUAACUGCCCCCCGGGCCACGCUCCUGCCCCGAGCCCCUCCCACCACCGCAUCCUCCCACAGCCCAACCAAAGCCAGCAGUUUGCUCUGCCUCAUGUCAGCUGCCCCGGUGCAUCUUUUAGCACAGAACCAAGGUUCCAGCGGCAGCUGUCGGAGCCCUGCUUGUCUUUCCUCCCUCCGGAGAAAGCGGUCAACACGGCGUACCAACCCUCGAGCCGUGAUGGGCGCCCGCCGUAUCAGCGGCACCUUUCGGAGCCCCUGGUUCCCAACGGCCCCAGAGGUUUCAAACAGGAGCUGCUGGAUCCACGAUACCCAGAGCCGGGGCCGCCUGUUCCAGGUCUGGCCCAGUCACAGACCGCCUUCAACCAUGUCUCCAUCAAACAAGAGCCAAGAGACUUUGGCUUUGACUCAGAAGUUCAAACCUGCCAGUCGUCGUUUGGGAAGUCUUCAGUCUUGUACCAGAAUAACAAUGUUGGGUUUGGUCCUGACAGAGAGCCACGGUUGUACUAUGAUGACACUUGUGUGGUGCCAGACAGACUGGAAGCAGGUAAAGUGAAGCAGGAGGGUUUGCCGUACCAGCGCCGCGGCUCUCUGCAGCUCUGGCAGUUCCUGCUCACGCUGCUGGACAACCCGGCCAGCGGGCAUCUGAUCGUCUGGACGGGACGCAACAUGGAGUUUAAACUCAUCGAUCCUGAGGAGGUGGCUCGGCUCUGGGGGCUCCAAAAGAACCGACCGGCCAUGAACUACGACAAGCUGAGCCGCUCACUGAGGUACUACUAUGAGAAGGGCAUCAUGCAGAAGGUGGCUGGGGAAAGGUACGUCUACAAGUUUGUAUGCAACCCCGAGGCGCUUUUCUCCAUGGCUUUCCCAGACAACCAGAGGCCGAGUCUGAAGGCCGACCCGGACGCCGUCCUGGCUCCCUGCGAGGAGGACGGCGUCCCCCCGCCGAGCUACGAGGACGAGGGUCCGUACCUGGCCGAAGGAGCGGAGCAGGGACUGGCCUUCCCUGACGGCUACCCGUUCUAGACUCCACAGCCUGGCAGCUGGAGGGAACAGGAGGUAUUUUACAGGAGGAACCUGAAUUACUGAGCAGUGUUUGAGGUUUUUCAACAUGUGUAUACUCACGUUGUGUUUGCCACAGAAAAUUUGAAUUCAUCAGAGAAUCUUUUAUCGAAAAGAAAUGUCUCUUUUGCCAAAAAGCUUUGGUUACAAAAAUGAUGAUUCAGCCUGAAGCUAGAAUGCAACUCUUUAGUCUGAAACUAUUGUAGUUCUCAUUUGGUUUUAUUUGUUUCAAUGGCUUAGGGCCAAAAAGAAAACCACAGAAGAAUUUGGAGAUUUCCAGAAUAAAGUUGUAAUAUUUUGAAAAAAAGAAUAGUAAUAUUACAAGAUGAAAUUGUGAUUUUUUUUUUUUUUUACGGGGGGGAAAAGAGUCAUACAAUAACUUGUAACUUACUGUUUCAGGAAAAACCUACUUUGACACACGAGCUAAAAGUCUAAUGCAUUUUACAAUUCAAAUUUUUCUCGUGCGGCUGUAUUCUCAAAAUAUUACAGCUUUAAAUUACGGUUUUACGCUCACAGCGUUUUUUUUCUCAAUAUUUAAUAUUUCUCCUCGUCGCAGGGACCCUACAACCUGCUCGGUUGUAGUUUUGUAGCAUGGCGUAGCGUAUGUGAACUCUGGGAUCUGUAUUUCAACCAAAAAACAUCUCAAAACCAUGGGCACUCCUUAACUGAUUUACUUCUAAUUGUGAUUUUGGGUAAACCUUAUACUGCUUGAAAGGGACACACUUGUAUUUUCCAGAUGUUGUAGUCCUCCUAUAAACAUGUAUAUUGAAAUGUCUUUUGUGUACUUUUUUUCUUGUUUUCAAAGCUAAUAUUUUUGGCAUUAUAUUGACUUGUAAUUUUUCCUAAACUAUUUUAUGACAAAGGUACUGCUACUAUUUUUCUGUAAUACUGCCACUACAAUGCUAAUAAUAAUAAUAAGCAUGGACUUUCUUAAAACCGACUCCCCAGUUAUUGUACUGAGAUAGUUUUCUGCAUUUUGUAUAGUUGAUUUGCUUCAGUGUCUAGAAAAUGUGUAUAAUUAUAUAUGAAUAUAUUUUUGCAAAAGGCUGCAUUUGCUUGACGUUGUACUAUGAGCUGCAGAGUUGAGCUUAGCCUGCUAAUGUAUUGCAUCAACUCCAGCCUCUCCAAGAUGGACGACUUCCAGCCUUUGGGUCCUGCAGAAAGAAAUGUUUGUAAUGGUAUGUUUUGCUAUAUGAUCACAUGGUGGUUUAAGUGGAGGAGGUGGUGUAUGUGGAGGCUGGAGAAAGAUGCUGACACUGGUGUGAUGUCUGCCCUCAGAUACUGUAUGUGUGCCUUCUGUUAUCUUUACUGAUACAAUAAACUAUUUUACUCUUUUA